AUGGAGAGUGAUGGCGACAGCGCUACUGAUCGAGAAGAUAGCUUAACACGAGUACCGGCUAAGAGAAAGCGUUAUAAGCAGAAGUUUCGGGAAGAAUGGUUGCUGAAUAAAGAAUAUAGUGACUGGCUAAGAAAGGAUAAUAGGGACUUAUCGAAGGCGGUCUGCAAUGUUUGCAAUACAUCUUUCAGUGCCGAAAUAAGUGUAAUAAAACGCCACAAAGAAGGAACUAAACACGUGAAUAAUUUAAAGAGGUGUAGUGCUUCAACGUCCAAAAAACAACAGUCUAUAGUAAGCGUUUUUAAAUCCAUGCCAACUAAUGAAAAGCAAUUGGUAAAGACUUCAGAAAUAAAAUUAGCUGCUUUUGUUGCUGAGCAUAAGGUAUCUCAUAAUGUCAUGAAUCACUUAGCAGAUUUGUUACCAAAGUUGUUCCCAGAUUCUCAGAUAGCCAAAGAUAUUAGAUUAAAAAGAACUAAAGUUCAAGCUGUGAUAAAUAACUGUAUUGGGGAAACUGAAAAAGAAAACUUGAUCAGUGACUUGAAAUCACAAAUGUUUUCAAUUUUGAUAGACGAAAGCACAGAUAUUGCUGUAGUAAAAACAGUAGCUGUAGUGGUCAGGUAUUUUGAUCCAAUGAUUGGUAAAGUUAUCACUCGGUUUUGGAAUUUGAUUCAAUUAUUUGAUGAGAAAACCACCGAUCAUGUUGCAAAUGCCGAAAAACUUUUUAAUACUGUUAUAGGUUCAUUUCAAAAGUAUGAGAUUCCUACGGAAAACAUCAUAGGUUUCGGCUCUGAUGGAUGCAACACAAUGAUGGGAUGUAACAAUUCAGUUUCAAGUCGAUUUCGUCAACGUUGUCCAGGCAUAAUUGUGAUCAAAUGCAUUUGCCAUUCUCUGCAUCUUUGCGCUAGUGACGCAUGUAAAGAGCUUCCACUAAAUUGUGAAAAAAUGGCGCGAAAUAUUUAUAAUUAUUUUAAAUCCAGUAGUAAAAGGCAGAGUGAGUUGAAAGAGUUCCAGUAUUUUGCUGAGGCGGAUGUGCACAAAAUUCUAAGACCAGCCCAGACUAGAUGGUUGUCUUUAAAUGCAGUAGUGCAAAGGAUUCUGGAACAAUGGGAUGUAUUACGUCUUUAA